GUGCUUUUCCAUGUCCCUGCGGCAUUCUAAACCUCUGUGAAGUGUCCUGUGUCAUACGAUAUCAGUUAAUUAAUCAUCAGUUUACUUACUCAUUGCAAAAUCACGAUGUCCGAGGAAGAUAACGUGUUCGACCCGACCCUCAAGAAAAAGAAGAAAAAGAAGAAGACGACUUUCGACCUGGACGCAGCAAUGACCGACGGGGGCAGUGGCAACGAGGCGCCUGAAGGCACUGGUGAUAAGGAAAACCAGGAGCCAGAACAGCACCAGCUCGAGGAUGAUGAUCCCCUCGAUCUGGAGAGCUUCGGCAAGAAGAAGAAGAAGAAAAAGAAGGCCUUCAAUCUGGAGGAGCUGGAGACUGCUCUACCUGAUAACAAGAAAGAGGAUUUAGCAGAAUCACGAACAGAAGAGAUAGCAGUCGACGAUAUGGAUCUCGACAUGGACUUCUCGAAAUCGAAAAAGAAAAAGAAGAAAAAGAAGGAUCUCGAUGAACUUGUCGCCGAAGAGAAGGAGAGAAAGGAGAAUGAGGACAAGGAAAAUGUCGAGGACACCAGUCUCUGGAUCGGAUCAGACAGAGACUACACGUACGAUGAGCUGCUAUUGCGAGUAUUUAAUAUCAUGAGGGAAAAGAAUCCCGAUAUGGUGGCCGGUAAGAAACAGAAAUUUGUGAUGCGUCCUCCACAGGUCGUUCGUAUUGGUACGAAGAAAACAUCAUUUGCCAAUUUCACUGAAAUUUGCAAGACUCUUCAUAGACAACCGAAGCAUCUAUUGGAUUUCCUUCUGGCUGAAUUGGGUACGAGUGGCUCGGUGGAUGGUAAUAGCCAGCUUAUAAUCAAAGGAAGAUUCCAGCAGAAACAAAUAGAAAAUGUAUUGAGACGUUACAUCAAAGAAUACGUAACGUGUCACACCUGUCGAUCUCCAGAUACUAUCCUGCAGAAAGAUACUAGGCUCUUUUUCCUUCAAUGUGAAACGUGUGGAUCGAGGUGUUCAGUAGCUAGCAUAAAAUCCGGUUUCCAGGCUGUCACUGGAAAGCGUGCAGCUAUUCGUGCAAAAACAGCUUGAAGAUUUUUGUAUAUUUUACACUCAACUAUCGAAAUCUCCAUUGUAAAACAAUUCCCACGAGAAACCAAUCUGUAUCAUCGGUAAUAAAUUACUCCACGAAUUA